AUAACAACCAACCCCCGCUAAGGAUCAACAGCAGUAUCUAGCUUGAAUCUCAUCUGCUUGCUUGCUCCUUCCGGUUCCAACGGCAAUGGCAGCUGCUAUGAAGAUGACCCUCCUUGCAGUGGCAGCCAUGGCUGUCUUGAGCAGCGUGUCAGCGGCGACAUACAACGUCGGCGAGCCGGCCGGCGAGUGGGGCUUCGGCAUCAAUUACGGUAGCUGGGCGUCCUCGAAGCAGUUCAUCCCCGGUGACAGUAUCGUCUUCAAGUACUCACCGCAGGCGCAUGACGUGCUCGAGGUCAGCAAGGCCGACUACGACUCCUGCAGCGCUGCAAGCCCCAUCACCACCCUCAAAACCGGCAACGACGUCGUUGCACUCCCCGCUACCGGCACCCGCUACUUCAUCUGCGGUUUCGCUGGCCACUGCACCGCCGACAUGAAGGUCGCCAUCGACGUCGUGUCAGCGUCCUCCCCGUCAACGCCGUCGUCGCCCGCACCAGCCAGCGGUCCCAGCGCCAGGAACUCUCCCCCGCCGCCGUCGCCCUCCGCUGCUACCUCGGUCAGGGUCACAGCAGGCCUUGGCCUCGUGGUCCUGCUUGCCGGUCUCAUGGCUUGAACUCAGACAUCUAUCGCCGCACGAAGAUACGAGAUUAUGUAUA